AAAGGAGCUCACUUGUUGCUCUUGGUACACACUUUCCUCCAGCAUCGUGAACCAGACACAACUCCGUUUUUCUUCCUUUUUCAUCGUCAAGAAUGAACAACUUUAUUGCGAUCAGCUUAUUCCUUGGAGUCGUGAUUGCGCUGUGUUCGGCUUACCCAUCGUCUUAUGGGGGUUACGGAAACAGCUACGGGGGUUUUGAGCCAGCAUAUGCACCGCAUUUUGGAUCUGGUUACGACACAUACAUUUACGGUUCAUACUUUGGACAUCCGGGACCUUAUGACACUUAUGGCAAGUCUUAUAACAAUUAUAAUGGCGGAAAUAAUUAUGACAAAGGAUAUCACCAAACGCCGUACGCCUACCCCAAAUCUUACGGUUCAUACUGAAUUCAUCUCAAUUCAUCAGAAAAACACAGCACGAAUGUGUCCUAAAUUCCUACAAAUAUAUAACACAUGUCAUAAUGAUCUUUAUUUUCAACAGUUUUUAUUUUCAUUAUACAUGUUAAAGUAAUCUGUGAGACGCGAAUAAAUACAUAAUGUUUUUGUAAAAGCA